UCUCCCUCAUCCUCUCUGUCCGUACGUCCCCCUUGUCUUGCCUCCCGACCGCUGUGUUGUCUCCUCUGACAGUCGUAUGUCUCUAGGUCGGUCGCUUCCCUUCGUUUUCUCUCCGCCUUUUUUGCCUUGCCGGUCGGGCCCUUACGGUCGGUCGGAGUCCCCAACAGUCGACAUCACCGCUAUUUCACCAUAUUCACCCCUCCUCGACAAGCUUGAAUUAUAAUCGGCUCACGGCACGAUAGCUGUGACCCUUCGAUCAAGAUGACAACUAUGGUACGUUCUUGUUCCAGGACUAUCAAACGAAAUGAGGUGACUGACAAACAUCGUCCAGGAUUUGCGUGUUGGUAACAAGUACCGGAUUGGCCGCAAGAUUGGAAGUGGUAGUUUCGGUGACAUUUACCUUGGCACCAACAUCAUCUCUGGCGAGGAAAUCGCUAUCAAACUCGAGAGUGUCAAGGCCAAGCACCCCCAGCUCGAGUAUGAGGCCCGUGUCUACAAGUCUCUCGCCGGCGGUGUUGGUAUCCCAUUCGUUCGCUGGUUCGGUACCGAAUGUGAUUACAACGCCAUGGUGAUUGACCUUCUGGGUCCCAGUUUGGAAGAUCUGUUCAACUUCUGCAACCGCAAAUUCUCGCUGAAAACCGUCCUCCUUCUGGCCGACCAGCUCAUCUCUCGCAUCGAGUACAUCCAUGCCAAAUCCUUCAUUCACCGUGAUAUCAAGCCUGACAACUUCCUUAUGGGUAUUGGUAAGCGUGGAAAUCAAGUCAACGUGAUUGAUUUCGGUCUGGCCAAGAAGUACCGGGACCCCAAGACUCACUUCCACAUUCCUUACCGCGAGAACAAGAACCUUACUGGUACUGCCCGUUAUGCCAGUAUCAACACUCACUUGGGUGUGGAGCAGUCCCGCCGUGACGAUAUGGAGUCUUUGGGCUAUGUCAUGCUCUAUUUCUGCCGCGGCACUCUUCCCUGGCAGGGAUUGAAGGCGGCCACUAAGAAGCAGAAGUACGACCGCAUCAUGGAGAAGAAGAUGACCACGCCGACCGAGGUUCUCUGCCGUGGGUUCCCCAACGAAUUCUCCAUCUACCUGAACUACACCCGUUCCCUACGCUUCGACGACAAGCCCGACUACUCGUACCUACGCAAAAUCUUCCGGGACCUGUUUGUCCGCGAAUCCUUCCAGUACGACUACGUGUUCGACUGGACCGUUUACAAGUACCAGAAGAACGCCGCCAUGAUUGUGGAUGCCAGCAGCAAGAAGGACAAGGAGGCCGAGGAACAACAGCGCCGUCAGGGCGUUGCCGGUGCCCCCAUGGGCACUCCCGGCGCUGCCGCCAAGCCCGGUGGUAUCUCGAGCCAGCGUCGCAAGGUCCUCGACCGCAACCUUGACAACACUCCGGACACCAACCGUGCCGUGGGAGGGAGUGAUAGGAUUCUUCGGCGUUAG